AUGGAUCUAUACAAACGAAAGCGCAUGUUCUCGCUCCCAUUGCACCCCGCCCGGAAAGUCCACCAGAUCGCUUUCAAAGCUGCUCUUCGCAACCCCGCUCAUUCCGAUCUCCUAGUUUUGGAAGAAUUUCUAGCAACAGACGCAAAGGUAUACAUGGUCAUGACACCAGAGCGGAGCUCCAAAAUGUUCAUAGCCAUGAAGUCGGCUAUGAACAUGUUGGUUGUGAUGGGGAAAGUCCUGGAGCACCAGAUACAAGGAGUCAAGAAAGACAAGCCAGGACUUGCGGAGAGAAGGAGCAAGUGGGACCAGGACCGCAAAACGCAGAGUGGAGGAGAGAAGCAGAGGCCAGACAACCGAAGGCGAUGA